CAGGUGACUUCUGUGGGGGAGGGGACCUGGGAGAAAAAAAAAGUUAAGUAAAAUGUCCUUAUAAAGACAAAAUCUAUUUCUUUCCUGGCUGAUGAUUUGUCACUCUAGUCACUUCCUGCCUUGUGACCACACACCCAGAGUUGACAAAGUUGCUCUACAGCUAAGAGUGAGAAGGGGCUUUGUCACACGCCAGGCCUACUGAGGACAGUUUUGCUACAAGGUCUGUUACCUAAGCAGUCAACAAUGGCUCGGGGAUCAGUGUCUGAUGAAGAAAUGAUGGAGCUCAGAGAAGCAUUUGACAAAGUUGAUACCAAUGGCAAUGGAUACAUCAGCUUCAAUGAGCUGAAUGAUUUGUUCAAAGCUGCCUGCUUGCCCCUGCCUGGUUAUAGAGUGAGAGAAAUUACCGAAAACCUGAUGGCAACAGGUGAUCUGGACAAAGACGGGAGGAUCAGCUUUGAUGAGUUUAUGAAGCUUUUUAGUGGACUGAAAAGCACAGAUGUUGCCAAGACCUUCAGGAAAGCAAUCAACAAAAAGGAAGGGAUUUGUGCAAUUGGAGGCACCUCGGAGCAAUCGAGUGCUGGCACUCAGCAUUCCUAUUCAGAGGAAGAAAAGUAUGCCUUUGUCAACUGGAUAAACAAGGCCCUUGAGAAUGACCCUGAUUGUCAGCAUGUCAUCCCAAUGAAUCCCAACACAAAUGACCUCUUUAGCUCCGUUGGGGAUGGCAUUGUUCUCUGUAAAAUGAUCAAUUUAUCAGUGCCAGAUACAAUAGAUGAAAGAACAAUCAACAAGAAGAAACUCACCCCUUUCACCAUUCAGGAAAAUCUGAACUUGGCUCUGAACUCUGCCUCAGCCAUUGGGUGCCAUGUGGUCAACAUUGGAGCCGAGGACUUAAAGGAGGGGAAGCCCUACCUGGUCCUGGGACUUCUGUGGCAAGUCAUCAAGAUUGGGUUGUUCGCUGACAUUGAACUCAGCAGAAAUGAAGCUCUGAUUGCCCUUUUGAGAGAAGGAGAGAGCCUGGAAGAUCUGAUGAAGCUCUCCCCUGAAGAGCUCCUGCUGAGAUGGGCAAACUACCAUCUGGAAAAUGCAGGCUGUGGCAAAAUCACCAACUUCAGUACUGACAUCAAGGACUCAAAAGCUUAUUACCACCUGCUUGAACAGGUGGCUCCGAAAGGUGAUGAAGAAGGCAUUCCUGCUGUUGUUAUUGACAUGUCAGGACUGCGGGAAAAAGAUGACAUCCAGAGAGCAGAGUGUAUGCUGGUUCAAGCAGAGAGGCUGGGCUGCCGACAGUUUGUUACAGCUACUGAUGUGGUCCGAGGGAAUCCCAAACUGAACUUGGCCUUCAUUGCCAACCUCUUCAACAGAUACCCUGCUCUGCACAAGCCAGAGAAUCAGGACAUUGACUGGGGAGCUCUUGAAGGUGAGACGAGGGAGGAGCGGACAUUCAGGAACUGGAUGAACUCCUUGGGCGUGAAUCCUCGAGUCAAUCAUUUGUACAGUGAUUUAUCAGAUUCCCUGGUCAUCUUCCAGCUCUAUGAAAAGAUUAAAGUCCCUGUUGACUGGAACAGAGUGAACAAACCACCUUACCCCAAACUGGGGGGCAAUAUGAAGAAGCUGGAGAACUGCAACUACGCCGUGGACCUGGGGAAGAACCAAGCCAAGUUUUCCCUGGUUGGCAUUGCCGGACAAGACCUCAACGAAGGAAACCGCACGCUAACCCUGGCCUUGCUCUGGCAGUUGAUGAGAAGGUACACACUGAAUAUCCUUGAAGACAUUGGCGGUGGGCAGAAGGUCAAUGAUGACAUCAUUGUCAACUGGGUGAAUGAAACAUUGAAGGAAGCAGGGAAAAGCUCAUCCAUCUCCAGUUUCAAGGACCCGAAGAUUACAACAAGUCUGCCUGUUCUGGACCUCAUCGAUGCCAUUCAGCCAGGGUCCAUUAACUAUGACCUUCUGAAGACUGAAAACCUGGAUGAUGAGGAGAAGCUCAACAAUGCAAAAUAUGCCAUCUCCAUGGCCCGAAAAAUUGGGGCACGAGUGUAUGCCCUUCCAGAAGACCUGGUUGAAGUGAACCCUAAGAUGGUCAUGACAGUGUUUGCUUGCCUCAUGGGGAAAGGAAUGAAGAGGGCAUAAAGCCCAGUGGGUGGGUUGGGUCCAGCAUCCCCUGUCUGGCC